GGGUGGAGGAAGGCGUUGCUCGUUGCUCUCGCUGACUAGAGGAACGGAAAAUGGCGGACCUCGAAGACGUUACGCUGGACGGUAGACCGCUCCAGUCCCUUCGAGUUGCGGAUUUAAAAGCUGCUCUUGAGGAGAGGGGACUCUCUAAAAGCGGGCAGAAGAAUGCACUCAUUAAAAGACUCAAAGGGGCCCUCAUGCUGGAGAAUCUGCAGAGGACCUCAACCAAUCACAUCGGACUGCAGCCAAACUCACAGAUUGGAGAAGAAAUGAGCCAGAACAGCUUCAUCAAGCAGUAUCUGGCUAAACAACAGGAGCUCCUGAGGCAGCGGCUCGAGAGAGAGGCCCGUGAAGCAUAUGACACUAAUGAUCAAGAGGACCACACAGAAGUUAAUAACAGUACACCAUGCCCUCCUCCAGCCCAGGAAGCCCCGCCACCAUUGGCUGAGCAGCACAAGCCACCCGGCCCCUCCGGUGUUGAGGGAUUGUUUGGAGCAGCGAACGAGGCAGAGGCUAACAGAAACCAGGAAGCCCACAUGUCCGGUCCUCCUGCGUCUGGCUCUGUGGCCAUGCGCGUUCCUGUCGCAGAGCACCGACCAGAAAGGGGGUCCGCCUCCAACCAAGUCGCAGCCGACAGCAACGAUGACGACAGUGAUGACGGAGACGAGGAUGGCGACAACGACGAUUGGGAAGGAGGCGCUCGCAGGAGAAGCAACAGAGAGCCGGCCAGAGCUCCCGCGUCCAGAGAGAGGUCCGGAGCCCCCUGUCAACCCCCUCAGCAACACAUGCCUUCCCUUCUAUCCCCUCAACUCCGCCAGCCUACACCUCCUCCCUCCCCACCUCCAGAGUUAUCAUUCCCCUUGCCGGACACCCCUAAACAGAGCCCCCCAAGUCCAGAUGUAGCCGCAGCUGGGCGUUCAUCCAGUACUUCCAGCUCCGGCUCCUCCAGCAGCGACAGCCGCAGCAGCAGCCCGGAGCCGCAGAGGAGUGCCGAGCGCAAGCCCGGCCCGCUGACCCUUCUGGCCCGCAAAAUGGAGUCAGAAGGUGCUUUCUCUGGAGCAGGUUGGCACCGCGCCGCCGGUGUUGAAGGCGACGGCAGAGGGCCUUUAGAGGGUCUGGUUUCUGCCAUAACCCACACAGCUAAUGCGGCAGGGCACAUGUCAUUUUCCACGAUUCCAGGCAUCCCAGGAGCAUAUCCGGCCCAUAUUCAAGCACCCGUGAGUGUGCUCAAGGCCACCGCAACAGAAGAGAGGGACAGAGAGAGGGACUCUCAGUUAGAAAGAGAAAAGGCCCUUGAGCUGGAAAGGCAAGAGAAACAGAGAAAAGAGCGGGCCAUGGAGGAAGAGCGGGAAAGGGCCUUUGCACUGGCUUUAGAAAGAGAGGAACGAGAAAAGGCUUUGCAGCGCGAGAGAGAGCUUGCUCUAGAGCGAGAGAGACAGGUGAGGGAACUCGCUUUGGCUAAAGAGAGGGAAGAGCGAGCCUUGGCACAAGAGCUGGAGAGACGGAGGUCCCUGGAGCAGGAGCGUCUGCAGAGAGAAAGGAAAGAGAGGGAGAAGCGAGAGAGGGAAGAAAUGGAGAGGGCCAAAGAGCAGGAAAGAGCCAGGGCUUUGGAGCAAGAAAGGAAAGAGAGAGAAAGGGCUCUGGAGCAAGAGAGGCUACAGAGGGAACGAGCUCUGGAGGCUGAGAGGAUCGAGAGAGAAAUGGCUUUGGAGCAGGAGAGGCUGGAAAGAGAAAGGUUUGAGAGGGAGAAAGCCUUAGAGCAAGAGAGACUGGAGAGGGAGAGAGCCAUCGAGCAAAAGCGACUGGAGAGGGAGAGAGCUCUGGAGCAGGAGAGACUCGAGAGGGAGAAAGCCAUAGAGAAGGAGAGAAGAGAAAGAGCUAUAGAGCAGGAAAGAUUGGAGCGGGAGAGAGCCCAAGAGCAACAGAGGUUAGUGCUCGAGAGGAAGGAAAAGGAGAGAAUCGAGAGAGAGAAAGUGUUGGAGCAAGAAAGGAAAGAGAGGGAAAAGGCAUUGGAACAGGAGGAGAAGGAGAGAUUUGAAGCUCUGGAACGGGAGAGGAAGGAGAAAGAAAGAUUUGAUGCUCUGGAACGGGAGAGGAAAGAGAAGGAAAUAUUUGAUGCUCUGGAACGGGAGAGGAAGGAGAAGGAAAUAUUUGAUGCUCUGGAACGGGAGAGGAAGGAGAAGGAAAUAUUUGAUGCUCUGGAACGGGAGAGGAAGGAGAAGGAGAGAUUUGAAGCUCUGGAACGGGAGAGGAAGGAGAAGGAAAGGGCCGAAAAAGAAAGGCUGGACAGGGAGAAGGCUUUAGAGCAGGAGAGACUCGAGAAGGAGAGGCUUGAGAGGGAGAAAGCUCUUGAGCAGGAGAAACUCGAGAGGAAGGAGAGGGCUCAGGAACACGAGAAGCUAGAAAAGGAGAAAUCCUUGCAGAAAGAAAAGAAGGAGCAGGAGACAGCCUUGGAACAGGAGAAAGAGAGGGCUAGAAUGGCCGAAAAGGAGAGGGAAAGUCACCUCCCUCCGUUCAAACGCGGCCGCGAGCUUGGUUUCACCUCCCUGCCCACUCCUACCCUCCUCUCCACUGGACCGGCCGCAAAGUCAUCGGCAGAGGAAGGCGAGAAGGUAGAUGCCCAUGCUAAAUCCAGCAUCUCACCAACACCUCUGUCGCCUCAGUCCACAUUCAAGAAGUUCCGCUUCCAACGGGAGCCCCCAAUUCAAUCGUCCUCGCCUUCCAUGGUCAUCAAGCGGCCCCGUAACUUCUCAGACACCCCCCAGCCCCGGGCCUUAACCGUCUCUGCGCUAACAGAAGUUACACAGCAGGAAGGACUCAAGUCCUCCACCGAACAGGAAGACCCACAGAAAAAGCAGGAGGUUGCUGCGAAGGCGCCCGAGAAGGAGACCCCUAUUAGCACCACGAGUCCCAGAAAAGAAGAGGCAAAAAGUCUUGUAUUGGCGGACAAAGAAAAAGUGGAUUCAGCAAAGAUGGAGACAGAAUCUGCAGCUAAGGAAGUGGACAAAAGCAAGGGUCCAAGAGAGGAUACUGCACAGCGGAGGGGAAGAGAGACAAAGAAGGACGACAAACAUGCAAGAAAACGAUCAUCGUCUAAUGACUCCUCCUCCUCAGAAUCCGACUCUGGGUCUUCAUCGUCCGGCUCCUCCAGCUCAUCAACAUCCUCUAGAGAGAAAACCUGUGACACUACAAGGGGUAAAAGGGUAAGUUGUUUGAAAAGAAUCCCUCUAAUUGGUCCCUGGCAUACAGGGCCUAUCAUGCUGGACAAUUGUAUUAAAUUUGUUUUUUUUCACUGGCCAGAGCAAUGUCAGAGCGAGAGAGAUAGCGGUUCACUCUGUGAUGCAAACUAG